AUGGACAAUAUAUCGGGCACGGAAUGGAUGGUCUUCAUGGGUAUGAUCAUCCACAUGAUCAUGUGCCCGUUUACCAAGGUAGAAGAGAGUUUCAAUACGCAGGCCAUUCAUGAUCUAUUGUUUUUGAGACAUAAUUUUUCCCAAGUAAGUCUAUUUUCCAAUUUUUUUUUGACGUUUAGUAUGACCAUCUUCAAUUUCCCGGAGUCGUCCCAAGAACUUUCUCUGGUCCAGUUGUUGUGGCCGGAGCAAUGUUUCCAUUCUAUUCUGUGCUCUCCUGGUUUGAUGCUCACAAGAUGUGGAACCUCUUCUUAGGUAAGAUUGUUUGUGUUAUGCGUUUUUAAACAUAUUAUUUUAGCUCGCUUUUCUCUCGGAUUAUUCGUCUUGGGUUCUUUUUUGUCAUUUUGUAGAGCCGUCCAGACAAAAUUCGGAAGAGAAACAGCGGACUUCCUCAGAUUGAUUACCGUUUCCCAAUUUCAUUUUAUCUUCUACAGUACUCGUCCCCUUCCCAACACAUUUGCAAUAUUCCUAGGUAAGUAUUUAGAUAUUUUCUUUAUCUUCUUUUAGUUUUACAAGUCUUCAGAAAUGUAAUGGAUGGUAGAAUAAAUGCUGCCACAAAGUUGGCAACAGUUGCCGUCUUGGUUUACCGAUUUGAGUUAGUCUUAUUAUUUGGUCCCCUUUAUCUGCUAUUAUUCUUUACAAAAGAGGCGGAUGUUUUGGCAACGAUAAAGACAGGAGUUGUAGCCGGGUUGGUGGGUUUAGGUACGUUCGUUUUUACAGGUUUCUGUUUUGAUAAUGUAGUCUGUAAUUAUUCAUUAUUAUUACAGCGGUUACAAUUCCCAUUGAUUCUCUCUUCUGGCAACAAUGGAUAUGGCCAGAAGGCAAGGUGAUCUUAUUUAAUGUUGUUGAGAAUAAAAGUCAUCUAUACGGGACUACCCCCUUCCUGUGGUACUUCUAUUCCGUCUUACCCAGAGCAUUAUUGGGAUCGUUGUUUUUGAUUCCUUUCGGAUUACUGAUGGAUCGGAGACUUUGGAGAUGGGCUUUUGUGGCCCUUUCUUUCAUCGGACUCUAUUCUUUUCUUCCCCAUAAAGAGCUUCGAUUUAUCAUCUAUGCCUUCCCACUUCUGAAUCUUGCUGCGGCCAAUUUCUGCGCGCGAUUGUAAGUUCGAAUACUGAUUGAAUUAAUUUAUAUAUAUUAGAUGGAUCAACAAGGACAAGUCAUGGGCUCGUUACCUAAUCGCGUUGGGAGUUGGGACACAUUUGUUGGCCAAUGUCAUCCUUUCUUGUGUCUUCUUAUACGCCAGUGCUCGCAAUUAUCCUGGUGGGGACGCUCUCGCUCAUCUACAAACCGUCCAGAGGUUCCAUCGAAAUGAUUUCCGAAGGGUUCAUAUUGACGAAUUCUGCGCUGAGACUGGAAUCAGCCAGUUUUUGAACAAUCAUCCAGCAUGGGAAUACAAUAAGACCGAAAAUCUUCCAGUAGAAUCCCUCAAAGAGUUUGAUUUCCUUUUGAUUGGCAGUCAGAAAGAUAACGUUUACAAUAUAUUCCAGUCUAAUUAUAGUAAGUCUCAUAAGGAGCUGUUCUCAGUCGAAGCUUUUUUUAAAUUCACUUACGUUAAGUCUUCUUCAUUCCCGUAUUACUGGCCAAGAUUAAAGUUUAA